AUGAAAGUCUGGUUUGUGACAGGAUCCUCCCGUGGAUUAGGUCUGGAGCUGGUCAAAACUAUCCUUGCGAAUGGCGACUCUGUUAUUGCAACAGCACGAGACCCACAACAACUCAAUCACCUCGUGGAAAAGUACGGAAGCAAUCGCAUCCUACCAGUGGCUCUGGAUGUGACAAACUCAGAGAAUGCCUGUGAAGUUGUAAAGCUGGCACAGGACACGUUCGGCCGCAUCGACGUCGUUGUGAACAAUGCAGGAUAUGCGGAGACGGCUCCCAUCGAGGACAUGACUUUGGAGUCAUUCCGAGCACAAAUGGAGACAAACUUCUUCGGCGUGGUCAAUGUAACCAAAGCAGUCCUCCCAAUAUUACGUCAACAAGGCUCUGGGCACAUCUUACAAGUUUCCUCAGUCGGAGGAAGAGUCGGAUCCCCUGGCCUCGGGGCCUAUCAAAGUGCCAAAUGGGCCGUUGGAGGUUUCUCAACAGUCCUUUCAAGAGAAGUCGCACCAUUUGGGGUGAAGAUCACCGUACUGGAGCCUGGUGGAAUGAAGACGGAUUGGGCAGGCAGUUCAAUGGGUCAUGGUCACAUCAGUGAAGCCUAUGUGCCUAUUGUAGGAGCGAUGGAGAAGGCAAGGGAACAGGCUUUCUCCAACUGGUCUGAACCGUCCAGAGUCGCAGAGACUAUAUUUUAUAUCACCACAGUUGAGGAUCCACCACUUAGGCUGCUCCUAGGACCCGACACCGUUCAGUAUGCCGAGGCAGCAGCUAGAGAAUUGGCGGCCUCAGAUGAGAAGUGGAAACAGGCCACCAAUCUAUUGCUACCCGACAAGAAGACGCAUUAA